ACAACGUUCUCGCUGCUUGAAAAGAUGUUUUAAUUAAUAAACAUUAAUGCAGUUUAAUUGAAAUUAUUUGUUAUUUUAUGUGUGUCUGGUUAGAUUAGGGUUCGGGCUAUGAACUACUAACGUUAAACGGAACAUAAAGGCAGGAAGCGCAGUGGUCGUCACGCCCUUCCUUUGCGUUGCCUGACGUUACCACAGUCUUUUAGUUUAUCGAUUAACCUAUAUAUAAAUAGUCGAAUGAAGGUCCAGAAAAACAAAUAACAUUAGCCUUGAUUAGAUCUGACAUUCACCGACAUAAACAAGAUGGGAUGCAAGGUGGUGUACUACAGUGUUGCUCUACUUCUGUAUCUUAUGAUCUGUGAACAUGUCCGAGCACAGUGUACACAGCCUUCUUUUAAAUCAAGAAAUGUCAUCUUGUCCGAAUCUUUUAUUACUACUCAAAGUUUCCCAAGUCGAUCCACUGUAACAUUUGAGUGUGAAGUUGGACACGUACGAGACCCUGUUAACCCAAGAGCAUCUAAAUCUGUUACUUGUGAGGGGAACCAGUGGACAAGUCUGGAAUUAAAUUGCAUAAAAAAAUCCUGUGGAAGUCCUCCAGAUUUUCUACAUGGGAAAUAUGAAAUCACUGGAAUUUCAUUUGGCGACAAAAUUACAGCGGUUUGUGACCCAGGAUAUAUAUUAGCUGGGCAGAUGAAAGAUAGAUGGUGCCGAGAACAGGGAUGGGAUGGCAGAGAUCCUGUCUGUGAAGCUGUGAAAUGUGAGGCACCACCAGUCAUUGAAAAUGGACAGCUUGUGGAUCAGCCUUUGGACACUUAUGAUUAUGCACAAGUCGUGUCCUACAGAUGUAACAAAGGGUUUAGUCUUAUUGGAAGUUCAGAUCUUCAUUGUUCUGAGGAUGGGACUUUUAAACCAGAUCCGCCAAAAUGUUCGAAAGGGUGUACAAAGCCUGAAAUUCCUCACGCAAUUAGAAUCGGUGGAAGAUUACCCCCCUACGAACUGGGAAGCUAUUUAGAUUACAAAUGUGAAGAGGGCUAUAAAAUGGAUGGAGAAAGUCAUAUUUUGUGUACAGCAGAGGGAUGGAAACCUGAACCACCAAAGUGCAAUGUGGUGAAAUGUGAGGCACCUCCAACCAUAGAAAAUGGACAGCUUCGAGAUCCUUUGGACAGUUAUAGUUAUUCACAAGUCGUCUCCUACAAAUGUAACAGUGGGUUUAGACUUACUGGAGUGUCAGAACUUCGUUGUUCAGAGGAUGGGACUUUUAAACCAGAUCCGCCGAAAUGUUUGGCCCCACUUACAACAACCGCAACAACCACAACUCCCACGAAAGUAACAUCCAAGACUCUACCUAAAGAUGCCCUACUUACAACAACCACAACUGCAACGAAAGUAACAUCCAAGAUUGACCCUAAAGAUGGAAAUACAAAUUCAUCACGUACUUCUAAAAUAGUUGGAUCGACUGUAGGGGUUGCAGUGCUUUGUCUGGCUGCAGUCAUUGUACUGGUUAUCUACAAGAAACGGUCAAAACAUGAAAAGGUGGCUACUGGAAAUGAAGUUGAUAAAGAGUUAUAACACCCUCACAUACAUGUGAUAAUUUCAGGAAGUAAUUUCAUGAAGUUGUCGCAGAGAAAAUCCAAGUGAAGCAUCCUGCAAAUGUAUAUAAUUUAUACAAGCACUUCUCAGAAUUCUUCGAGAGGCUGACUGAUUUCUUGCAGCAAAUUCCUCCAGAAUCAGACCUUUUGAAAAGCCAAGCUCAAUUUAAUACACUCAUUUCUAGCAGUCGCUAACUUCACCCCAUUCUGUGUUCUCAUUCUCUGAAACAGAUCUGUCUUCAAAAGUCAGGUUGAGUUACUUUUAUAAAGUGUUAACUUUAUUUUUAAAACUGUUAAUACAGUUAUCACUCUUCAAAUAAUGGUGUUUGUUACUCUUCAAAAUGCACUGGAUGUCCCUUAUCUCACUAAUAUUGUUGGUUACAUUUAGCAUAAAUUAUUUAAAAAAAGAUGAAUGUCAAUGUGAUUUGUGAAGCCAAAUCAAAAGCCAAACCAAACGAAAAGUCGUACAACGCUUGAAGCUUUGUUUUAGUUUAGCCAAUGCUCUCACUUUUCAUUUGGAUAAAAUAGCAAUUGUGUAUGUGUUAACCUUCUAGAAAAUUUACUGCAGAAUGCGAUUUGCCGUGCAGAUUUUGAAUUGAGAGAUUUGAUCAAUCUUGCUGAAGAACAUAAAGUGCCUUUUCAUUUUCUUAGGGUUUUUGUUCACUAGCACUGUUGUGCAGAAUCUGUGCAGGUUCAAAUUUCAUUAGGAAUGCUUUGCUAUUAGUCUCAAAGACUCUAAAUGAUCUAAUGUAGAUAUAAAGAGAUCUUUGCAGUGUUUAAUGUCAUUUACUUUUAUCUGUGCUUUAUUUAUAAUUACAUAAUUGUCAGAUACUCAAGGUCAGCAUGGUUUUGGAUUGAGCAAAAGCAUAAAAAAACAAGAAAAUUAUUGCUUUAGAAUGUCAUCAUUUAUUCACACUGUGACUUUAAGAAUUAUUUGUGGUUAAGUUGUUAAUAUUUUCAACUAUUUCUGAUGAAAAAUAGGUAAAUUAGAAAUUCAGUUUUAACAAAAUGUAAAAUUAUUUUCCCCAAAGGAAGUGAGCUGUUUAACUAGUGUUUUUCUACUUGUAAUUUAAAAGAUAUUAUAGCGAUUGGCUGUUUUGUAAUGGUUUUAAACUAUGGUUCUGCCUAAUUUGUACUUUUAAGACAGGAACGUACAGGCAUGGCUCUUUCAUAUUACAAAUGCUGGAACACAGUUGUAAUCAAAUCUGUCUUGCAACAAUGUAUUUCACUGAGCCAUC